UACCACUCUGAAUUUUACAUUUAACAAUCUUGAAGACAGAUAUCACUAGACUUUUUGUUUUUUUAAAUAAUUGUAGGUGGCCCUGAAGCUUGUGGGAUUACACUAAAUACAAGUUAUGCUGUAAACGAGGGUAAACAGUUAUCUGUUACCACCGAAGUUUGUGGAAAUCCAAAACCUGUUUUAACUUGGAAAUUACAAAAAGAAUUAGAGUAUUCAUACUCUAACGAAGUUGUGACAGUGAAUAUCUCAAUCAUGCGCUACAGAUAUGUUUAUAAAACUCGACGUCUCGUGACACGUGAAGAUUGUGGAACAAAGCUAGUUUUCAAUGCGUCUGGUGCGAAUGGAAUGAUGAAGGGAGAGACACUAAUAGACGUAACAUGUAAUAACAACUUAUUUUCUUUCACUGACUUUGUUUUUGAAAAUUUAUAAAAUCAUUUUAAAACUUUUAGUUUCUCCUCAAGAAAUCCAAAAUGCAAUAUUUUACAAAGAUAAUGAUUGUAUAAAUGGUAUAUGGACACGUGAAGCAACUGGCAAUUGUGCGCUUAAUUAUCAUUUACAAUUUGAAGGAGGAAAAUAUAUUUUAAUACAACUCAUACAUACUACGCUGUGUGUAAUGUUUUAAAUGCUUCAUAUGUAUUUAUUUGGGCGUCAUACAAAAACAAAUACGGCGAGAAGAUAAAAAUCAGUGCUAGUUUAAAAACUCCUGCACCUACAAAUGCUACCGAUCCUUGCACAUGUCCAAAACUGUUGCAUGGUAUAUGCCAAUUUUAUAGCCGAUGUUAUUUUGACACUUGUGUCAAUACAGCAUUGGUACUUACUUUGUUUUUUGUGUGAAUUUCUUUUGCUAAAAGUCAUUGUGUUGAUUUUAGUCAAAAGAUUGGAUACGAAGAAAUUAGUUUUAGCAAUAAUUAUAGCGCUUGUGGUCACGCAAGUAGCCAAUAUAUGCAUUUAUGGAGUUGUGAAAUACAGAGGUGCUGAGACUAACUGCAAAAAUAAGCAAAGCGUAAAAAAGGACGACGAAAACGAAGAUAGACAAGAGUACGAAGUAUUUCCUACAACUGAAUCUCAUUAUACAGGUCUUCAAUUGGAAGCAAGAAAAGAAAUUGUUUAUGCCGAUUUGUCACCACCAACAGUCAAUAACUAUUCGGAAAUUGGAACAGAAAGAAGGUCAAAACAAUUUUAGCACACUGUGUUGUUCUUUAGAAGCACAUUUCCAUGUCUUUUUUAAACAAAUUUUACGUCCUUUUCGUCAACAAAGGCACCGAUUCCUGUCCAAUUUUAUUGAUCUUCGUAAUGCAAAAAGAGAAUAAAUAAAUUAUCAUCAGAAGAGUUAACGUAACUCUAAAAAGAUAUAUGGACGUCUUAUUGUCAUUAUAGCCUAGUUUGACUAUUUU